CUAAAAUUUCUAACUAUAAUAUAUAAUAUAAUAACUAUAAUUUUAUAUGCAAGGUUUCAAACUAAACAUUAAUUUUACUUAUAAGCUGCUCUUAGUUUGGUUGAAAACAAGGAGGGUCCACUUUUUUGGGGAAGAUGCCUUCUGCUGUCCCUCGAAAAAGUUCGAUUCAAAAGAAAAUUAAGGUUGACAUGGCAACCAUAAGCCGGUAGGGAAAGGGAAAUUUAAUUACCGAGUUUAAAUAUCACUACAAGAAAGCCAAGCAGAUUAUUCUUAUUCUUAUAAGUUGCUUUAUAGUAUAGUGUAAGUAUUGGUUUUAUAAUAAAUUCAGCUGUUGAAGAAACUACGUGCAGAACCCAUCAUGCAGGAAUAGACCAACAACCAUGAAGAGGUGCCCGAUACUAGUGUCUACAGUAAUCUGCUAUAUGACUCGUUUAUCAUUAAUAUCUGUGGUAAUUGCACUCUAUAUCAAAACAGAUGGCGCAAUCCACGCUGAAGUGAUGGCCAGUAGUCAACCAAUUCUCAAUUUGGAUUCCUUAAGAAAUGUGUGUACUACACCUGCCUGUCUUUGCGCAUCUUCCAGUAUUUUGAAUAAUAUGGACCCAAGCGUAGAUCCAUGCGAUGAUUUUCAUGAGUUUGUAUGCGGCAAUUAUCUGAAAACGACUAAUAUACCAGAUGAUCAACAUUCGAUUGGAACAAUGAAUAAAGUAAAUGAAUUACUUCAAACACAUUUACGAUAUACACUAGAAGAAAAUAUUAAUCCAAGUGAACCUAAACCUUUCUUCCUAGCGAAACAGUUAUACGCGGCAUGCAUGAACGUGACCGCGAUCGAGUUAGACGGAUUGACGACCGCCAAAUCACUUUUGAAGGAAUUUGGCGGAUGGCCUUUGCUUGGGGGGCCAAAAUUAGAUCGAGAAAAAUUUGAUAGUCAAUCAUUGUGUGUAUUUUUAAAUUUUGAGGUUCAACUGGACCACAGGAAUACUUCAAGGAACGUUAUCUAUGUGUCACAUGCGAGUUCAAUUUUUUUUUCACCCUACCCGUACAGUAUGAUCGAAAAGUAUCUGGAACAUCUUUCUAGUUACAUGGUCGAUAUUGCUGUUAUCUUUGGUGCUAGCAAAGUAGUGGCCGAGAAGGAAUUCGUUAAAGUGUUUAGAUUGGCAGAAAAAUUGCAUUAUAUUAAAAAAAACAUAAAGUGCACAGUCCUCACUCUCAUGUCUGUGUCUAAACUUCAACACAAGUUCCCAGGUAUUCCUUGGUUAAAAUACUUUAACCACGCAUUUAACUUACCUGAUACACGUAUUAAUAUGGUCUAUGUUUGUCCCGCCUAUAUUUUGGAAGUAGAAAAACUGCUGAAGAUUACAUCCAAAAGAACACAAGUAAACUACUUUAUGUGGAAGAUAGUUUCUACAAUGGUGGUACCUCACCUUACGAAACACUUGCGAGAACGCGAGCUGAAUUAUACCUCAUUGUUGAGUGGGCGAGUGCGAAGACAGCCCAGAUGGAAGCAAUGCGUCGAUGUAGUCGCACAAGGUAUGCCCCUUGCUACCGGUGCUUUGUAUGUUCGAAGAUAUUUUCGAUUAGAGACAAAACGACAAGCUAUGGAAAUGGUUUCUGACAUUAAAGGCGAAUUUGUUAAUAUCUUGAAACGGGUCGAUUGGUUAGAUAACACAACCAAAAACCUCGCCCUAGAGAAAACCUUAGCUAUGGUGUCACAUGUUGCAUAUCCCGAUGAGAUACUGCUGAAUAAAAAUUUAGAAGCAUAUUACGAAGGGCUUAAUUUUACGUCGGAAAAUUACCUGGAUAUGCGGUUUCGUCUGAAAUUAUUUGGACGUGAAUGCUCGGCCAAAAGUUUAAGGCUCCCAAUAAACAAAACCGACUGGACCACUCACGCAGAUUCGGCAGUGGUCAACGCAUUUUAUAGAGUUAAAGAAAACAGUAUACCAGAAAUUCCUGCCGGAAUAUUGCAAGGAGCUUACUUCAGCAUUGAUAGGCCGCAGUUUAUGAAUUAUGGCGGCAUUGGCACUAUUAUUGGUCAUGAAAUUAUUCACGCGUUUGAUAGUAAAGGUGUGAAGUAUGAUAAAGACGGAAAACGUUCGUAUUCGUGGUCAUCAUCAGCAAUGGAGGCAUUGGAGCUGAAGAAAACAUGCCUCGUUAAUCAAUAUGAGAAGUACACCAUCCCCGAACUCAAAGUAAAUUUGAACGGUGUUCAAACGUUGGCGGAAAAUAUAGCCGAUAACGGUGGUUUCAGGGUGGCUUACUUAGCGUAUAAGAGAUGGGUUAAACGAAAUGGAGAAGAGCAAAGACUACCAAUCUUAAAUUAUACCGAUAGUCAGUUAUUUUGGAUUUCUGCUGCUACUUCUCAAGGGUGUUCAAAAGGUCGCGUGGAGCACGCCGAGUACCUUUUUCACAAAGACCCGCAUUCACCUGGCAAUGUUAGAGUUAACUUCCCACUAGCCAAUACGGAUUAUUUUGCUGAUGAUUUCAAUUGUCCAGAAGGAAGUAAAAUGAACCCAGUCGAUAAAUGUAUGGUUUGGAAAUGAUGUCUUUUUUGUUUAAUUUAGUAGGCAUAUAACAUUUAAUAAAGUAAUGCAACACAAGGUCCAUUGACGAUGAUAA